GCAGCGUAAUGGGAGCUAUGGGCCUACGCGCUCCUUCCUUCCUACUUCCAUGGCGCUGUACUGGGCAAUUCGCAGAGCCUCUAUCUCCACAAUUCCUCUUCCACUUCGCUCCUUCGCUACUCCCACUGCUUCCUAUUUCUCCUCCGCCGACGUCAACAAUGGCGCUUCUAGAACCUUCUAUAUUCCGGUGAUUCACCACUUCUCCACCAGCACAGUAAAGACGAUGAAGAAGAGAAAACACAGCUCAUUUGAUGAUAUUCUCAUCCAAAUAGUCGAUUCCGAAAUCAAAUUUGCUCUAGAUUCUGAUUUAUAUGACUGCGUUGUAGACAUCCCAGAUGACUUUCCUUUUAAAGUUCAAGAUAAAGCAGGAGAAAGUGUCAUUGUUCUUACGAGAAAUUAUGGUGAAGAGACCAUAAAUAUUGUAGUGGACCUGCCUAAUGCCAGAUGUGAAAAUGUUGAAGAUGAUGUUGUUAACAGUGAGGAAGAGAGUAAGCCAGAACCUAGUGUUCCAUUAGCUGUCACCGUGUCAAAAGAAAAUGGCUUGUCACUAGAGUUUGAUGUGAGGGUUUUUCCGAAUAAAUUUUCAAUUUGUGGCAUAUCCAUCAAGGAGGCAAAAAGUUCAAUCAAUCAACUAAACUAUAGAGGGCCUGCUUUCUUGCUUCUAAAUGGAAGUCUUCAAAAGUCUUUGUAUGAAUAUCUUGAAGUCAGAGGGCUGACGAGCAGCACUGCUAACUUUUUGCUGGAGUAUGUAAUUAGUAAAGACACCAAGGAAUACAUCCGGUGGCUUAAAAAUAUAAGGAAUUUUGCCAAGAACUAGCAUCCUUUUUCAUAAAUAUGCAGAAUCUGGUCUCAGGUGGAGGGUGUUCUUACUGAAGAAACAUUUAGCUAAUGUCACGCAAUAGACGGUGAUGGAUCAACCCAAACUUCUUUGCAGCAGUGCUGACUACUUUAAUAGCAUCCGUGGAGGCAAUCCUUUUACAAGUUGGAGCUUUUUACUUUUUUUGUGGAUUUUGUUCACUGGAUCAUAUUUUUUCUCAGGCAAUUCAUGUACCCUUCAGAUGAAAGAUGAAUUGGGCAAUACUUUCUUAGGCUCUGCAGCACAGAUAUCAACUUAAGAUGCAAAAUCUCACACAAUCUAUUGGAGGACAAACUAUUACAUUAUUAGUUGGAUGGAUAUUACUUCGCAUAAUUUACGCAUUAAUUUUAUUCUAUACACAUGUAUUAGAUCACUUAAAUAACACACGUUUCUUCAAAUUUACUAUUCUGAGAUGAUGUUAGUGUUACAUGUUUAACUAAUCAUCUCUUUCUUAUAAUUA